AUGUUUAUCACUGUGAUGUUUGGAGCUGGUUGUCAGGUGCUGGUGAACCCCUGGUGCAGCUUGGUGACCUUUAUUAUGCAUCUGAAACAGAAGGCUCAGGUCCCCCCAGAAGUAACCAUUGCUCUUCUGGCUGAAGAUGGGCAGCUGGUGAGGCUGGAAGAGGGGAUUGCCCAGGCCCCCUCCAUGGCCUGUUCCCUGCUACAGGAGCAUGGGACCUAUGUCCUGGUGCAGGUCAUUAAAGGGAAAGAUGGGACUCCCACUCGCUAUGAGUCCCUACUGGACAACCUAGAUGACCACUGUCCAGAGUUAGCUGAGGAGCUGUGCUGGCUCUCCGGCCUUCCAGGCACAAGCAACAGUCAGAGAAGACGAACAGGCAUUCGACGUGGCCACCACCGGGAACAAGGUCCCCCUUCAAGGUCUCGAAGGGUGGCCUCCCUCCCAUAUAGAAACCGCUAG